AAAUUAGUUAGUUUUUACACCAAAAGUGGCACACCAAAUAUUUCUAAAAAAAAUCCACCUUGUGCGUUUUACAGUAAACUAUGUUUCUAUAUAUACUCAUGAUAAUAAUUAUAAUAAUAAUUUAUUAUGCAGCUGUGUUUAUUUUUAGUAGAACCCAAAGUAAGAACAAACACGUGCGGAACUACAGCUGCGGAAUCUUUCUGCCUGGGCAGGGAGCAUUUAUCCCGUUGCACCGUCCUGCUUCCGGUGAAGAUGUUUGGUAACUGCCUGCGGUAACAGUCCUUCGGGGACUCUGAACGGAGCCUUUCUCUGAAGGUGAGUUUCUAAGGUGUGCAGCCAUGCUGCUGCCUCUGCUGCUGCGUCCUUCCCUCUGCUGUCCUCAGUCCUCACUGCUGCUGACUGGAUCUGUCCGGCCACUGCACGGCAGCUGUUUGAGGACGCUGCGUCCUCAGGCGGAUGUCUUCCUGCGGUGCCGGCCUCCGUCCCGCCUUGCCACGCGGAGCCGCAGCAGGAAGUUCAGGAAUCAGGAAGAUGAAUGGAAAACCCGGAAUAAAACGGUGCUGACGUACAUCGCUGCCGCCGGCGUGGGAAUGAUUGGCCUGUCAUACGCCGCCGUGCCGCUCUACCGGCUCUACUGCCAGGCGUCGGGGCUUGGGGGCACGGCGGUGGCUGGACACGAUUCAGAUCAGGUGGAGACGAUGACUCCAGUUAAAGAACGGGUCCUGAAAAUCACCUUCAACGCAGACACGCAUGCCAGCAUGCAGUGGAACUUCAGACCGCAGCAGACCGAGAUCUUUGUGGUUCCAGGCGAGACAGCACUGGCCUUCUACAGAGCAAAGAACCCCACAGAUAAACCCAUCAUUGGCAUCUCCACCUAUAACGUGGUGCCCUUUGAGGCAGGACAGUACUUCAACAAGAUCCAGUGUUUCUGCUUCGAGGAGCAGCGUCUGAACCCUCACGAGGAGGUGGACAUGCCCGUCUUCUUCUACAUCGACCCGGAGUUCGACGACGACCCCAGGAUGGCCCGGGUGGACACUAUCACGCUGUCCUACACCUUCUUCGAGGCCAAAGAGGGUCACAAGCUGCCUCUGCCCGGAUACACCUACAACUGACCCGAAAGGACCCAACGGGCGGCAAGAACAAGUCCAUGAUCCAGUUGGUCCUCCAAACAAAUGACUGGAGACUCGACUGUGGGACAAGAUAACCUCAUUCAACGUCAAAUAAAUAAAAGAAAGUUGGUCCUCCAGGUAGCGUCCUCCAUCUCGCAGGUCUGCCAGGUCUAUAGGUCUGAAGGUCUGGCUGGUCUACAGGUCUGCAGGCCUGCAGCUCUACAGGGGCGGCGUGGCUCAGCAAGGUAGAGCGGUCGUCUCGUAACCUGAGGGUUGCUGGUUCGAUCCUCGGUUGAGUACCUUCAGUGUGUGAAUGUGUGUGUGAAUGUGAUGUAUCAUGUGAAGCGCUUUAUAAAUACGUUUAACAUUUACAUGUAAACAGACGAGCAGGGUUCAGUUCAGAAAGCAGACGAGCUGACGGGAAAAUAAAAAUACAGUUUAAACA